GUCCUAAGUUAAUAGAAAACAAAAAAAUAUUGCGUUAUUUUUUCUUUGUAACAACAACUUCUGCUAUUUGAGCACUAAGAAGCAGGGUUAAUUCCAAGACAGUUCCUUCCUGGAUGUGCAGGUGAAUGUUCUUGAUGUCAAACAUGCAGAGCUCAGUCUGUCUGCCUCAUAGAAGCUGUUUUAUUGCAGAGCAGGACGGACUGCAGCAGAACCUGAAACUCUUUAGGUGUUUAAUCCCCUUCGUGACUGAUGGUAGGAAUCCAGCUGCGGACAGACAGCCCAGGGUGGAUUACUGGCAGUUAAUGACCGCUGACUUGUCUCGUCCGUGAACGCGCGCUCCCCCAGCCUCGGUCAUUGCUCUCUGCGCUCUAUGUGGCUGCAUGGUCGCUCCCUGGGUUCCGAUGCACGCAGCCUUUAUCCGUCUGCAGAGCAUGCAUGUCUGCAUCCUCCAGCCCAGAACUGAAUCGACAGGAUUUUUUUUUUUUAAUCAUCUUUUUAAAUAAUUCUCAUUGUUGCGCGCAGCUGUUUUGGCCACAGCCAGGCAGGCACUGCCUCCAAAUGGAUUGCUCCGUCUGAUCUCAGCAACACGGUGAUAUGUUGAACUGGAGGCUCCGAGUCAGCCAUCAGUUCCCAGGCAGGACAAAGAAAACUAUUCAAUAAACAUUUGUAUGCUGCAGACCCCGGUGGCUCCAAACCAGGAUCGUAGGGGGAGAGAAAAAAGUUGGAAGUUGAAGAAGGGAUGGUUAUGCAUUGAGUUCCGCACAGAGCCGAGAACAGGCCUACAGGAGAGGGUUCAGAGUAAGGUCGCCCGCGUGUAAACAGCAGAUGUCAAAAGCCGCCUUCACACGCCACCACCCUGGGCUCCAGUGAGCUACGCAGUCAAAGGGACUCAUCACGUCUCUGCUGCCCAUCUGCUGCUGCCUUAGCCCCGUAAGCUUAACGCCUGCAGAGACAUUGGCAGUGACAGCUACCUUACGCCUUAAGGAUUCAGGUGACCGAAGCCGUAGCGGAUUCUCCAGAAAGCCUCUCCAGCGCUCUUCCUUUAAACCUUCUCCUCCUUUUUUGCACCGUUUGUUUAAAAAGAUCAGCAUCCUUAAGAGAAUUUGGACAUGGAUCUAAAGGACCAUAAGAACCGCUCUCUGACCGCUAGCCGUUGUUCUAAGGAGUCCCAGUUCAACACGUCCUCACUGGAUGCAGAUGAGCGCCGGGUUCCCACACAGAAAUCCUACAGCUCCAGUGAGACUCUGAAGGCCUUCGAUCAUGAGCAGAGGCUUCACUACGGCGGCUGCAUUACAGACUUGGUGCACCACGAGGCUGAUGAGUACUCCAGGCAAGGGGGGAACUUCACCCUGGCUGAGCUGGGAGUUUGCGAACAAACUCCCCCUCCACAUCCCGCUGCUGUUCCCUACUGUCCAGACCUGGGCCUCCUCCAGAGGGGGUACUCCCUCAGUGCCGGCUCAGACGCCGACUCGGACCCAGAGGGGCCCCUCUCUCCGGAGCGAGCCAUUCAGCUGUGGGCCGGACGUGCAGGUGUGAAAUCUCGCCGCAGCUCAGGCGUGUCCAGCCGUGAGAACUCUGCUCUUACCCUCACCGACUCCGAGAAUGACAACAAGUCUGAUGACGAGUCAGUUUACCUUGAUGAUGACGAGAAUGAGGAUCCAUUUGGAGACUAUGUGAUCAGUCGCCCACUCCCUCCAACCUCCUCCUCCACCCUGCUCCCGCCGUCCCUUCCGUCGUCCUCGUCUGCCCCUCACCACCCCUCCCCUGGUCCGUCCCCCCCCAUCAGGGAAUGCCAGGUUCCUCUGCUGGAGAAAAACUCCACCCACUCUCACCUGGAGCCUCACCGAGAUGACUCGUACCUGCUACGGGCUCAGUCCUCCUCCUCGGGAGCCGCUAACCACCACAGUCAGUCCACGCUGCAGCCUCCUCUGCCCCCUCCACACAACCACCACAACCUGUCCCACCAGUCUGCAAACAGCCUAAACAGAAACACCUUGAGAGGGGGACGGAACCCUAUUCACGCCCCGCCCCCGGGCACUGGAGAUGGACCGACCACCCCGGAGUCGGUCCAGCUACAGGACAGCUGGGUGCUUAAUAGCAAUGUCCCACUGGAAACCAGGCAUUUCUUGUUCAAGACGUCAUCAGGGACCACCCCUCUCUUCAGUAGCUCCUCCCCUGGAUACCCGCUGACUUCAGGGACCGUCUACUCUCCGCCCCCUCGCCUGCUGCCCAGGAACACCUUCUCCCGCUCAGCCUUCAAGCUGAAGAAGCCGUCCAAAUACUGCAGCUGGAAAUGCGCGGCGGUGACGGCAAUCGCAGCUGCCGCCCUUCUGGCCAUCUUACUGUCCUACUUCAUCGGUCCAUGGGCAGGGCGGAACACCAGCAUAGACAGCGGUAACAUCGAGGUGGGGAGACGGGUGACCCAGGAUGUCCCUCCCGGAGUGUUCUGGAGAUCCCUCCUCUACCUCAGCCAGCCGCAGUUCCUGAAAUUUAACAUCUCUCUCGGGAAGGACGCCCUCUUCGGAGUUUACAUUCGCAAAGGCCUGCCCCCCUCACACGCACAGUAUGAUUACAUGGAGCGCCUGGACGGGAAGGAGAAGUGGAGCGUGGUGGAGUCCCCCAGGGAAAGGAGGAGCAUCCAGACGGUGGUUCUGAACGAGGCGGUGUUUGUCCAGUACCUGGACGCCGGGGCCUGGCACCUGGCCUUCUACAAUGACGGCCGGGAGAGGGAAACGGUUUCCUUCAGCACAAACGUCAUGGAUUCGGUGCAAGAGUGCCCGCGCAAUUGCCAUGGCAACGGAGAGUGCAACUCGGGCGUUUGCCACUGCUUCCCCGGAUUCCACGGCAUGGACUGUUCCAAAGCUGCUUGCCCGGUGCUGUGCAGCGGCAAUGGCCAAUACGACAAGGGUUCCUGUGUGUGUUACAGUGGCUGGAAGGGACCCGAGUGCGACAUCCCCGUCACGCAGUGCAUCGACCCUCUUUGCAGCGGCCACGGCACCUGCACCGAUGGAAACUGCGUUUGCUCCAUCGGCUACAAGGGGCCAAACUGUGCGGAGGUGGAUUGCCUGGACCCGACGUGUUCCAACAACGGCAUCUGCGUGAACGGAGAGUGCCACUGUAAGCCCGGUUGGGGAGGGCUCCACUGCGAGCUGCCCAGGGCCCAGUGCCCGGAUCAGUGCCACGGCCACGGCGCCUUCAUCCCAGACACCGGCUUAUGCAGCUGUGACCCCAACUGGAUGGGACCCGACUGCUCCAUGGAGGUUUGCUCGGUGGACUGUGGCACCCAUGGCGUAUGCAUGGGCGGAGCCUGCCGCUGCGAGGAAGGCUGGACCGGGACCGGCUGCGACCAGCGCGUCUGCAACCCGCUCUGCAUCAAACACGGGACCUGCAAGGACGGCAAGUGCCAAUGCCACCAGGGCUGGAACGGAGAGCACUGCACCAUCGACCAUGGGAGCAUGGUUGACAAAGCAGACGGCUGUCCCAACUUAUGUAACGGCAACGGCCAGUGCACCAUGGGUCAGCAGAGCUGGCACUGUGAGUGUCAGACAGGCUGGAGGGGCCCCGGAUGCAGUGUUGCCAUGGAGACGUCCUGUGCUGACAACAAGGACAACGAAGGAGAUGGACUCACAGACUGCAUGGAUCCAGACUGCUGCAUUCAAAGCCCCUGUCAGAACAGCCCGCUGUGCCGCGGCUCCCGAGACCCCCUGCAGGUCAUUCAGCAGAACCUCGUGUCCCAGCCUCGAGUCCGAUCUUUCUACGACCGCGUCAAGAUGCUGGUGGGACGGGACAGCACCCACAUCAUCCCUGGGGAGAACCCAUUCAACUCCAGCUUGGCGUCACUCGUCCGGGGUCAGGUGCUGACCACAGAUGGAACCCCCCUGGUUGGGGUCAACGUGUCUUUUGUCAACUAUCCACACUACGGGUACACGCUGACGCGGCAGGAUGGAAUGUUUGACCUGAUAGCUAACGGCGGUGCAUCUCUGACCCUGCGGUUCGAGCGCGCCCCCUUCCUGAGCCAGGAGCGCACCGUGUGGCUGCCCUGGAGCCAGUUUUAUGCAAUGGACACGGUGGUGCUUAAGACUGAGGAGAACACGAUUCCAGGCUGCGAUCUGAGCGGCUUCGUCCGGCCUGACCCUGUUGUGAUUGCAUCCCCUCUCUCCUCCUUCUUCAGCUCCAAGCCAGGGGAGAAACCCAUCAUACCGGAGACACAGGUGCUGCAUGAGCAGAUCGAGGUGCCAGGCACCAACCUGAAGCUUUGCUACCUAAGCUCCCGCACCCAGGGCUACCGCUCUCUUCUCAAGGUGACCAUGACCCCAGCGGUAGUGCCGAUGGGCCUGCUGAAGGUCCACCUGAUGGUAGCUGUGGAGGGCCACCUCUUCCAGAAGUGGUUCCAUGCCUCCCCGAACUUGGCCUACACCUACAUCUGGGACAAGACGGAUGCGUAUGGACAGAGGGUGUACGGUCUGGCCGAGGCUGUCGGUGACAAUAAUCCAACCCAUAAGUACUUCCUUGCGGUGGAUCCUGUAUCCGGGGCCCUGUUCAUCUCAGAUACCAACUCCAGACGGAUUUACAGAGUCCGCUCGCUGACGGGCGGCCGGCUGCUGUCAGAUAACGCCGAGGUGGUGGCGGGGACAGGGGAGCAGUGCUUACCCUUUGACGAACGCUGCGGUGACGGUGGAAAAGCCACUGAAGCUACGCUCAUGAGCCCUAAAGGCAUCGCCGUGGAUAAAAAUGGCCUGAUGUAUUUUGUGGACGCCACUAUGAUUCGCAAGGUGGACCAAAAUGGCAUCAUCUCCACUCUGCUUGGCGCCAACGAUCUCACUGCCGUCCGGCCGCUGAGCUGUGACGCCAGCAUGGAUGUCAGCCAGGUCCGUCUGGAGUGGCCCACAGACUUAGCAGUGAACCCCAUGGACAACUCUCUCUAUGUCCUGGAAAACAAUGUCAUUUUACGCAUCACUGAGAACCACCAGGUGAGCAUCAUUGCCGGUCGGCCCAUGCAUUGCCAGGUUCCAGGCAUCGACUACAGCCUCAGUAAACUGGCUAUACAUGCAGCGCUGGAGAGUGCCACAGCCAUCGCCUUAUCCCACACCGGCACCCUUUACAUCGCUGAAACGGACGAGAAGAAGAUUAAUCGAGUCCGACAGGUGAACACUAAUGGGGAAAUCUCCCUCCUGGCUGGAACCGCCUCUGACUGCGACUGCAAAAAUGACGUCAACUGCAACUGCUUUUACGGCGAUGAUGGCUACGCCCCCGAUGCUGGUUUGAACUCCCCGGCGUCGCUGGCCGUCUCCCCUGAUGGAACUCUCUUCAUCGCAGAUCUCAACAACAUUCGCAUCAGGGCAGUGCAGGCCAACCGGCCGGGUCCAGCCCUCUCCAGCGUGGGGUUUGCUGGUUUGGCUCAGUAUGAGGUGGCAUCUCCAAGGGAGCAGGAGCUCUAUGUAUUCGACGGCGACGGGCUUCACAUCCAGACGGUCAGUCUCGUGACGGGCGAACCCCUUUUCAACUUCACCUACGGCCCUGACGGUGAGCUGGCCAUGCUGGUGGACAACUGCAACAACACCAUCAAGGUCAGGAGGGACGGCCAGGGACAGGGAGGAGGAGCCGGCCUGCUCAGGCUGGUGUUGCUGCCUGAGAAUCAGGUGGUGACUCUCGGAUUGGACCCGACUGGAGGCCUGCGCAGUGUGUCUGCCAUGGGCCAGGAAGUGGCUCUGAUGGGCUACAGCGGGAACACGGGGCUGCUGGCCACCAAGGCAGAUGAGACUGGAUGGACCACGUUCUAUCAAUAUGACAGCGAGGGCCGCUUGACCAACGUGACGUAUCCGACGGGCAUGGUGACGAGCCUCCACCGGGAAAUCGAGCGCUCCAUCAACAUUGACAUCGAGAGCUCAGGCAGAGACGACGACGUCACCGUCAUCACCAACCUGUCCUCUGUUGAAGCUUCGUACACCGUGGUGCAAGACCAGGUGAGGAACAGCUAUCAGCUGUGCAACAACGGCACCCUGAGAGUGAUGUACGCCAAUGGAAUGGGCAUCAGCUUCCACACCGAGCCCCACAUCCUGGCAGGUUCUGUGAGCCCGACCAUCGGCCGGAGGAACAUCACUCUGCCCACCGACAACGGCCUCAACUCCAUCGAGUGGCGUCUGCGUAAGGAGCAGACCAAGGGCCGGAUUACCGUGUUUGGGAGGAAGCUCAGGGCUCACGGCCGCAAUCUUCUUUCCAUCGACUUCGAUCGUAACACUCGCACCGAGAAGAUCUACGACGAUCACCGCAAGUUCACCCUGCGCAUCAUGUAUGAUGCUCAGGGCCGGCCGGCCAUGUGGCUGCCCAGCAGCAGCCUGGCGGUGGUCAACGUUUCGUAUUCUCCCACCGGGCAGCUGGUGGGGCUCCAAAGGGGAAGCAUGAGCGAGAAAACCGAAUUUGACCCCCAGGGUCGCAUCCUGUCCCGCUCGUUUGUGGACGGGAAGGUCUGGAGCUACAGCUACCUUGAUAAAUCCAUGGUGCUGCUCCUGCAGAGCCAGAGGCAGUACGUCUUUGAGUUUGAUGCCUCAGGUCGGGUCACGGCCGUCACCAUGCCCAGCGUCGCCCGCCACACCAUGUUCACGCACGUGUCCGUCGGCUACAUCCGCAACACCUACAACCCUCCGGAGAGCAACGCCUCCAUCAUCCACGACUUCAGCGAGGACGGCCGCCCGCAGGCCACGCACUACAUGGGCACCGGCCGCCGCGUCCUGUACAAGUACGGCAAGCUGGCCAAGCUGUCAGAGAUCGUGUACGACAGCACCGUGGUCACGUUCGGAUACGACGAGACGGCCGGGGUCCUCAAGAUGGUCAACCUGCAGAGCGGUGGCUUCUCCUGCACCAUCCGCUACCGCAAGAUGGGUCCCCUCAUCGACAAGCAGAUCUACCGCUUCAGCGAGGAGGGGAUGGUGAACGCCAGGUUCGACUACACCUACCAUGACAACAGCUUCCGCAUCGCCAGCAUGAAGCCGGUCAUCAGUGAGACACCGCUGCCUGUUGACCUCUACCGCUACGAUGAGAUCUCUGGGAAGGUGGAGCACUUUGGGAAAUUCGGGGUCAUUUAUUAUGACAUUAAUCAAAUCAUCACUACAGCUGUGAUGACACUGAGUAAACAUUUCGACACCCACGGUCGCAUCAAGGAGGUCCAGUACGAGAUUUUCCGCUCCCUCAUGUACUGGAUGACGGUGCAGUAUGACAGCAUGGGCCGGGUGGUGAAGAGAGAGCUGAAGAUCGGGCCCUACGCCAACACCACUCAGUACCGCUAUGACUAUGAUGGAGAUGGACAGCUCAGCGGUGUCAAGGUGAAUGACUGGUCCACCUGGCGCUACAGCUACGACCUGAACGGGAACCUCCACUUGCUAAAUCCGGGUAACAGUGCUCGGAUCUUGCCCCUCCGCUAUGACCUCAGGGACCGCAUCACCCGUCUGGGAGACGUCCAGUACCGCCUGGACGAGGACGGCUUCCUCAGUCAGCGCGGCUCCGACGUUUUCGACUACAAUUCCAAAGGUCAGCUCCUGAGGGCCUAUAACAGGGGACCAGGAGGCUGGAGCGUGGUGUACCACUACGAUGGGUUAGGGCGACGGGUGUCUACCCGGAACAGCCUGGGCCAGCAUCUGCAGUUCUUCUACGCUGACCUGAACCACCCGACUAGGGUGACUCAUAUCUUCAACCACUCCAGCUCAGACAUCUCAUCGCUCUACUAUGACCUGCAGGGUCACUUGUUUGCAAUGGAGGUGAGCAGCGGAGAGGAAUACUACAUCGCUUCGGACAACACCGGGACGCCGCUGGCAGUUUUCAGCAGCAACGGGCAAAUGAUCAAACAGGUCCAGUACACAGCCUAUGGGGAGGUCUACCUGGACUCUAACCCAGAGUUCACGCUGGUGGUGGGUUUCCACGGGGGCCUCUAUGACCCGCUCACCAAACUGGUCCACUUCACCCAACGAGACUAUGACGUAUUGGCUGGGCGCUGGACCUCCCCCGACUACAGCAUGUGGCCCAAGAUCGGGAAAGACCUCUCCCCAUUUAAUCUGUACAUGUUCAAGAACAACAACCCGCUCAGCGACAUGCUGGACGUCAAGAACUACGUCACAGAUGUGAAGAGCUGGCUGGUGAUGUUUGGCUUUCAGCUCAGCAACAUAAUCCCAGGAUUUCCUCGACACUCGCUGUACUUUGUGGAGCCGCCGUACGAGCUUCAGGCCACCCAACACUGUGAAAACGGACAGCUCAUCACAGGUGUGCAGCAGGCAGCUGAGCGCCACAACCAGGCCUUCAUGGCCCUUGAGGGCCGCCUUCUCAACAAAGAGCGUCGCAGACGUAAAGACAAGCCCGGCCACUGGUUCGGCACCAGCACCCCCAUCAUCGGGCGAGGAGUAAUGCUGGCCCUUAAAGAGGGCCGGGUGGUGGCUGGCGUGUCGCCUCUGGCCAGCGACGACAGCCGCAAAAUAGCUCUGGUGCUGAACGGCGCCCAGUACCUGGAGGGCACUCAUUACACUCAGGACGGGAAGGACUGCCACUACUUCGUGAAGGUGGGCUCUGCCGACAGCGACCUUUUGGCCCUGGGGCUCACGAAUGGAAGGAAGUCACUGGAGAGCGGCAUCAACGUGACAGUGAGCGGCCGAUCGAGGAGAGGCGUGACGGUGGAGUUUGCGGUUCCCUCGUUAGUGCUGAGCGUUCGCUACGGGCUCUCUGUGGACGUGGUGGACGAGGAGAAGGUCAGACUGUUGGAGCUGGCCAGGCAGAGGGCGCUGGCGGGGGCUUGGGCUAAGGAGCAGCAGCGAGCACGAGACGGGAAGGGGGGCAGUCGCCUGUGGACUGAAGGGGAGAGGCAGCAGCUUCUAUCGACAGGCCGGGUCCAAGGCUACGACGGAUACUACGUGCUGCCGGUGGAGCAGUACCCAGAACUGGCUGACAGCAGCAACAACGUCCAGUUUCUCCGACAGAACGAGAUGGGCAGGAGGUAACAGCCCACAGGAACCCCGCUGACUCUCCUAACAUCUCUGGAUUGUGUCCCUCUAUCCUAACCCCGCCUCCUUAACUUUACUCCUCUGAAAUCAAGGGAGAAUGAUCCGACAGACGGGGUUUCUCGCGGAACGCUGCAGGGACUUUUCAAAAAGAAUGAAAAACAUAUUGUUCAUUUUACUGCCACAGGCAAAAAAAAUUAAUGUUUAGUCUUUUAUUGUUUUGUUUUUUUCUUUUUUUGGAAAAAAAACUUUGAACCACUGACAAAAAAAAAAGCACUGAAGAACUCUGACAACUGUUGCUUAACCAAUAAGGAGAUUCCCCCCUUUUUUGAAAAAGAAAGUGAUAUUUUCGCCCAUAUUUUUUGGGUCACGCUGAAAAACAGCCACGAUAGCAACCCAACAGGACGGAGGCUGCACUGCGCCGGCCUCUGCGGCCUGGUCUCUAAUACAGACACUGAAGGCAAAGGGACCAAAGCGGAGACCAAACCUCCUCAGAGCGGAGCCAUCACCCGACACGCAUCACAAAACAGCGACGUCAACGCGAGCCGUCUCCCCGUCUCUCAGGCCUCCCAUCGUCCGUCCACCAGACCAGUUCCUCCGCUGAUGAGCCAAGCAACAGGACAACGGCAUCCAUGAACAUCCCAGCUGAUGAUGAACUGCAGCAAAUACUCAAAAAUAUAAUAAAUAAAGAAAAAAAAACUACGAAAAGGAAGUAAAAAAACAAAAAAACAAAAAAAAAAACGACGGCUAUAUCUGUGGAAAGUGGCAUAGCACCACCUUGUUUAUUUCUCAACGGGGAGGAGAAUCAUAUCCUCAUACAUAUGUGUCAGAUUACACUUAAAACUUUCAGGAUGUUGAGUAUACCGUAGAUGCCGUAGUUUUGUACGUUUCAGUCGCGGUAGAAUUGUGAGAUUUUCACCAAGGCACUUCUGUACAGAGCGAACGUAAACAGACACACACACCGCACUCACCGAGUCCGACAGACAUGCUGACUUACUAUUUAUUUCGUUUGAGUCUUUCUUUUUUUAUUUAUUUAUUCUUAGUACUAAAUGACAAUCAUGAAUGAGUCACCAGUUUUUAUCGAGACGAACAUGGAUGGACGAGCUUCUUUUGUUUUGUACGAUAUGUAAGAAAUGUUCAUUUCGGUUUUUGUAUUUGCUUUUUUUUUUUUUGGUUUGCUGACGUGGGGGGGGGGACAAUAGUCAACCGGCAAAAAGAGUAAUUUAUGUAAUGAGGUGUUUUAAAAAGCAGUUUAUACUUUAAAUAAAGUCUUUAAAACUGUGAAAUCUGUUUUUUCGAAGUAUAUUUCGAUGUACAGUGUAUAGAUUUACCUUUAUGCAGCACAGUAGAAUAUUGUUCAGAAUAUCAAGUUUUAUAUUUCUAAGAGGAAGUGGCUUGUAAUGUGCGAAACCUUUAGCUGCUCUUACUACUCUAGAGUUUUGUGGCACUCUGAUACUUCAUUAUCUACGAUAUCCGUCCAAAGUUUGUUUGGAUUUCUUUGGUUUUUGUUGGUUGGUUUGUUGUUUGGAAAGCAGAUUCUUUCUGUCCUAGAUCCCAACAGCAGUAGCAGUAAUGGAUCCCUCUCACUGUGAGGAGACUCGUGCUGGAUGUCAUAAUGUACCAAAUCAGUAUUAUCAGAGGGUGAUUCUUAUACAUUCACUGAAACGAGACUCUUCUGAGAAGCUUAUCAAUAAAACAUAAUU